UGUGGAGGAAAUAUAAGAUGUGAAACCAAAACAAUAACAAAAGCGGAGGGAGUCUUAAAACCAAAAAAACCCUAAAGCGAAAAGGAAAAAAAAAUGGCUUUGAAAUUCAAUCCCUUUGCCUCACAAUCUCAGAAACUCCAUUCUUUUGGUCUUACACCAAAGGCCAGCCUCAGAUCUCCCAAGGUUUCCAUGGUCUCCACUCUUCCUUCUGGCUCCAAAGAAGUUGAAAAUCUCAAAAAGCCUUUCAUGCCUCCUAGGGAGGUGCAUGGUCAGGUCACCCACUCCAUGCCACCUCAGAAGAUUGAGAUCUUUAAAUCUUUGGAGAACUGGGCUGAGAAGAACAUUCUAACUCAUCUCAAACCAGUUGAAAAAUGUUGGCAACCCCAGGAUUUUCUCCCUGAUCCAAAUUCGGAUGGAUUUGAGGAGCAAGUCAAAGAACUUAGGCAAAGGGCAAAGGAGAUUCCAGAUGAUUACUAUGUUGUAUUGGUUGGUGAUAUGAUCACAGAGGAAGCCCUUCCAACUUACCAAACAAUGCUCAAUACCUUAGAUGGAACUUGUGAUGAAACAGGUGCUAGCCUUACUCCUUGGGCAAUUUGGACGAGGGCAUGGACGGCAGAAGAAAACAGGCAUGGUGAUCUACUUAAUAAGUAUCUCUACUUGUCUGGAAGAGUGGACAUGAGGCAAGUUGAGAAGACAAUCCAGUAUUUGAUUGGAUCAGGAAUGGAUCCCCAUACAGAGAAUAGUCCAUAUCGAGGAUUCAUCUACACAACAUUCCAAGAAAGGGCAACUUUCAUCUCCCAUGCAAAUACAGCCAGGCUUGCCAAGGAGCACGGGGACAUGAAUUUGGCUCAAAUUUGUGGUAGCAUUGCAUCAGAUGAAAAGCGUCAUGAGACUGCAUACACCAAAAUUGUUGAAAAGCUCUUUGAAAUUGAUCCUGAUGAAACAGUCCUGGCCUUUGCUGACAUGAUGAGGAAGAAAAUCACCAUGCCAGCCGAGUUCAUCUAUGAUGGCCGAGAUGACACCCUUUUCGACCACUACUCAGCUGUUGCCCAAAGACUUGGGGUUUACACUGCCAAGGACUAUGCUGAUAUAGUAGAGUACCUGGUUGACAGAUGGAAGGUGAAGGACCUAACCGGACUUUCAGCUGAUGGGCGUAAAGCCCAAGACUUUGUGUGUGGACUUGCUCCAAGAAUUAGAAGGCUGGAGGAGAGAGCUCAAGAAAGAGCCAAGGAAGCACCCAGUAUUUCAUUCAGUUGGAUUUUUGAUAGAGAAGUGAAGCUCUAAGGUCAUGACAAGGAAAUAUGUAUGUCUCUCUCCCGAAAGUGUUACUCAUUUGUGGAAAAACAGGGCUAGAGAGAAACAUGAUGAAGCUGUGCCAUCUGCAACAGGAGGAAUUGUUUGGGGGUGUUCGUGGCUUUGGUUAUGGUGUACGUACAGUUGUUUCUAGAUGUGUGGUGUCAUUAAAUAAUGCAGAUAGGGGCAGCUGUAGUUUUUGAUGUUGUGUUCUUUUAGCUAAUGUAUCUUUGUUGAUUGUUUUCUUCAAACAAUCUUCUUAACGAUGGCAGUAUCCUGUUGUUUGCAAUAUGAUAUUCCUUUACCAUUCA